AUAGCUAAUAUUUACUCGCCGCGGGAUACGCUUGAGCCUCAUCGCCAUGUUUCCAAGGUGGGUUCUGCGCCACUGGUCGCUAUUUCGUUGGGUUGCGAGGCGCCCUUCAUGGCAGGGGUUGGGGAGGAGGAGGGGGUUAGGGUGAGGUGUGGGGACGUGGUCGUUAUGAGGGCGAGGCGAGGUGGUUGUGGCGUUCUUCGCCUGCGUUUGCUUUUGGGACGUGCCCU